GCUCGAAUUUGCUUCAUCCAUUGCUCUUGACGCUCCAGCAUUUGAAUCGUGAAUUGGUGAAAAAGGUUGCAGCCUUAUUGGAAUAAUUUCUCAGCAACCAAACAGUCUUCUUCCUUCUUGUUUUUCUUAUCAAGAUAUCUUUUAGUGUUUUUGAUUCUUGAAAAUAAAGACCAGUUGUUUUGAGUCCACAAUGAGUGAAACUGAAACCUCCAAUUCAGCCCCCAAGAACGAGACCCCAAAAGAGGUAGAACCAGCGCCAAAGCAAAAGCAAAAGCGUGAAAGCAAUUCCGAGGACUCUAUUUCAGCUGCAAAGAAGUUGAAAACCGAACAAAAGCAAGACCCGGGAGUUGAUUUAGGUGAAGGGAACAAGGGUAGUGGGGUCCAUGAGCCAAAUUCAGGUGGGAGGGAAAUGGGUUUUAAGAUUGAAGCUGAUGCAGCCGAGGAUAAGGGGUUACGGCACGCCAUGGAGGACGCUUGGGUUGUGCUCUUGGACGCAAGCUUGGAUUUUCCGGGAAAAUUGAGAUGUGCGCAUUUUGCAAUUUAUGAUGGGCAUGGAGGUCGAUUAGCUGCAGAGUAUGCUCAGAAGCAUUUACAUACAAAUGUGCUUUCAGCCGGAUUACCACGUGAGUUGUUGGAUGUAAAAGCAGCCAAGAAAGCCAUACUUGAUGGUUUUCGGAAAACUGAUGAGUCUCUUCUUCAAGAAAGUGCUGCAGGGGGAUGGCAGGACGGUGCUACAGCUGUAUGUGUUUGGAUAUUAGGAAAAACUGUUUUUGUUGCUAACAUUGGGGAUGCAAAAGCAGUGGUAGCAAGAUCAUCUCCUGCUGAGGGAUUGAAGAAUGGAUCUGAUGAAGCAUGUCAUCUGAAGGCCAUUGUUUUAACAAGAGAACACAAAGCUAUCUAUGCACAAGAGCGUGCUCGUAUUCAGAAGGCUGGUGGUAAUGUGAGUUCAAAUGGACGACUACAGGGGCGCCUUGAAGUUUCUAGGGCUUUCGGAGAUCGCCAUUUCAAAAAGGUGGGUGUUGUUGCAACCCCAGAUAUUCAUUCAUUUGACCUUACAGAGAGAGAGCACUUCAUAAUUCUUGGUUGUGACGGCCUCUGGGGCGUAAUUGGACCAAGUGAUGCUGUUGCUUUUGUUCAAAAACUUUUGAAGGAGGGACUACCUGUUUCAACUAUUAGCCGCCGUCUUGUAAAAGAAGCUGUGCGUGAACGGCGCUGUAAAGAUAACUGCACUGUAAUCAUAAUCAUGUUCAGGCACAAGUAGUUCUAGGCGCCAAUUCAACAAAAUGUCGUCCACCAUUGGUUAGUUGCUCAGUCAUGAAGUAACCAUUGAAUUGUUGAAAACUUGAUAUAUGCAGCCUUGGAUUCUUGGUGCAGAUAUUGCUAGAUGUUUUAAAAUUGUAUUGCUCUAACACAACCAGGUAUUCUGGAACUUUGUCCAAUGCAAGAAAUUUGAAU